AUGCCCGACAACGUGGGCUCGCUGCCGCCGGCCGUCGGCGAUGCGUCACCGGCGCGGCACGCGGGCCGGAACAUCACCCCUGCGGAGGCGGUCGUCCAUCUCAUGAAAGGGAACCUAGGCCCUGGCGUGCUGGCGCUGCCGCUCCAGUUUGUGCGUGUCGGGCCCUCGAUCGGCCUCUGUAUUCUCGCGGUGGUGGGCGUUCAGGGCGUCUACUGCAUGUGGCUCAUUGUCGCGACGCAGCAUGCGGCGCACUUCCGCGGCCGCGCCUCGGGCACACGUCGGGUCCCGUCGACAAAGGCGCUGAGCUUCGAGGACCUCGGGUGGCUGGCGUUUGGAACGCCGGGCCGCUGCGUGGUGCAGGCGGCGGCCGUCACGCUCGCCUACCUCGCCUGCGCCGCCCUCUCGCUCCUCCCCUCGCUCGCCGACCUCUGGGAGGGGCAGGCGACGAGCGCGGCUCUGCUGCAGGUGCUCUCCGCCUUUGGAACCGCGGCCAUGUUCUUUGCUCUCGGCUCCGCCUCGACCGCCGCGGUCUUCCGCCUCGAGCACGCCGCCGCCGCCGAGGCGAUCGACGCGACGCUGCCCGCUCCGCUGGGCGGCUACCUCCCUUCCAACCUCUCCUCGCCGCUGCUGCAAGAGCCCUCUCCUCCUGCCGCCGAGGGAGGGGCGAGCUUCACCGCGAUUGGCGGCGCCGCGGCCUCCUGCUUCUACGCCUUGGAGGGCGUCUCCAUGGUCCUCCCCGUCGGCAACGCGCUCGCGCCAGAGCCACACCCACGCGGCUGCUACGCGCUCGUCCUCUCCCUCACCAACCUCGCCACCCUGAUCGACCUCGUCGGAGCGGUCGCAAACACGGUCCUCGCCGCCUUGCCGAGCGCGAUACACGCAAAGCUGCUCCUCUCGCGGGCGGCGCUCCGGGAGCCAGCCGACACCGUGCGCCUCAACGGCGACGCCGCCGCCCUGCCCGAGCCGCGGCCGUGCCACCGGAGGCUCGCGCGUGCGCUCUCUCGCUUGUGGUCCGAGGUCGCCCGCCGCUCUGGAGGCGGCGGCGGCUCGCGAGACGACGUCGCGCCGCUCAGCACGCCGGCUGGCGCAACGUGCGAUGCCUCUCUCGAAGCGAGCGACGCGAACAGGCAGCGUGGGCGAGCGCCAGACCGAUUUCCGCGGCUCAGCCAUGCGGAGCUGCUCUCCCUCGCCACCGACGCCCUGAUCAUCUGCUUUUGCGCCCUGGUCAUGUGUGCCGGGCUGUACCAUGCCGCCACCGCUCCCACGCCCAGCAACCCGGGCGAGCCGGCCACGAACAAUUCGAUGGUUGCCCACCCCGUGACGAGAGAGUGA